GAACUAUUUUGUUGUACCCGCCAGAUGCGGCACCUGUCGGGUCUGAUUUAUGGGACAUAAGUCUGUAAGCAUGGGGAUCGUUUACAAAUAAUUGCCCAAUAAACUACACCUGUUUUAUUUUAAAUACGGAUAUGAAGAAAUCAGACCACCUAAAAUCCUUUUAUACUUCAGACACUUCAUCGAUCAUCCUCUUUUGUUCACCAAUUAUUCUGUAUUGUUUUUUGCCUGUGAUUUAAUUAAGAGACGGAGGAUACCGCGUUUGUGUUUUAUUUGUUUGUUUGGAUUUAAUGUCACGGUGAACCACACGGCGUUCAUUCUGGUGGUUCGGAGGCUCAUUAAAUGGUCUGAUCAGAUAGUGGUUUAUCAUAUUAUGUUCUCGUUGUCGAGCAAAACGGCCAUGAUUUCUAAUGGAAAGGUCGUAAUCGAUCAAAACUGAAGUGACGAACCAUGACUUUACGCACGCGCAGCAAGGAUGUCACGUGACCUAUUGCUCGUUGUUCUUCAUGCUAUUUUACUCUCGCUACUUGAGAUCAAAGUAGGGUGUGUCGGCACCAAUGUCACGAAAACGGACGAGCAGAGACUGUUGGACGCUCUGAUGACCGGAUAUAGCAAAGAUACUAGACCUGUAUAUAAUGCGUCACAUCCGGUUAAAGUCUCCUUGGGGAUUACCCUUACACAAAUCUUUGACGUGGAUGAGAAGAACCAGGUAUUGACAACCAAUGUGUGGUUGGAUCAGGAAUGGAAAGACGAGAAGUUGACAUGGGACACAGGAGAAUACAAUGGUUUAGAAAUGAUGAGAAUCCCAUGCCGAAAAUUAUGGCUUCCCGACAUUGUUUUGUAUAACAGCGCCAGUGACCACAAUGAGAAAUACAUGGAUGCUUUAGCUAUGGUCAGUCAUGACGGGACUGUAUUUUGGCCGCCAAUCGUAAAAUUUCGGAGCUCUUGCCUAAUGGAUAUGACCUACUUUCCGUUUGAUGACCAAAUGUGUAAACUGAAACUUGGAUCCUGGGCUUACACAGGGUAUCAAGUGGACAUCCUCAAUCGCUCCAAUACGGUAGACUUGUCGAGAUUCGUAGAAAACGGCGAGUGGGAGUUAGUAAAGACAGCGGCAGUUCGGAAUAAUGUUUUCUACACGUGUUGCGUGGAACCAUUCCCUGACGUGACAAUAACUUUACACAUACGUCGGAGAACGAUUUACUACAUGUACAACGUCAUCAUCCCCUCCAUCAUGUUGUCUAGCCUGGCCCUGCUGGGGUUCUGGAUUAACCCCGACUCCGGGGAGAAGGUCACGCUGGGCCUCACGGUGUUGUUAGCGCUCUCCGUCUUCAUGUUGCUGAUCGCGGAAAAUACGCCAGCCACGUCAUUCUUCAUACCUUUACUGGGAGUUUACCUCAUAACGACGAUGUCUUUUACAUCUCUGUCCGUCAUUUGCUCCGUCGUUGUGACUAAUCUUCACAUCAGAGGCUACGCCCACCCUGUUCCAAACUGGCUGCGCAGCGUCCUGUUCGUAGUGUCCACAGCGUUAUGUGUAAAACCUCACCAUUUAAAGAAAAAUAUGUGGCUUAAUAAAGCGUCGUAUUGGAACCGAAUUCCACAGUCUUCCACGUUUGGAAAUCACUCCGCGACAAACGGUCGGGUUGUGCACGAUCUGGGAGAGGAGACAGGCAUUCCCCACGACGAAGUACAUCAGGAAGGUGCUGCCCCUUGCGACAGGUUAUUGAAGGACGACAACUCACAAGCAAAUCACGCCUUACUAGAAACCCUUAAGUGCCUCAUGAACAAACACGAAGAUGACGAACGUGAGAAAAAUAUCCACGAUGAAUGGAAGGAAGUGGCAAUGGUUAUUGAUCGCUUCCUGUUUGUGGUUUUUCUGUUGGGAAUGAUCGGCGCAUCUCUGUACAUUCUUGUUGCCUUGCCAUUACAAAAGUUACGGAAGAUAGAGAAUCCUUGAAAUAUGCUGCUUUCUGCCAUUAUUCACAAAUGAUCACGACCUGUCUUUUCUGUCCUAUAUAUAGUGUACAUGUACGAGACAGUGAUAUUUUUAUAACAAUGUUGUGCUAAUCACAAAUAAAGUCGCACAAUUGUUUAAUAUCA